ACUGCUGUCGGGGUUGCGGUGGAAUAGGAGGGUCCACGGUGCGGAGCGGUGCGGUGUGGAGUGGAAGACAAGGCGGUGAGUCAGUGGUAAAGCAAUCGAGGGCAGGGCGGUACAGGAGAAGAAAAUGCAGCCUUGGAGCGCGUCGCGCUUACGGAAGCGAGCCGAUAACUGACAGUCGGAGAGGAACGAAGCCCCGCUCGGCUCACCAGCGGAGAGGAGCACGCUAAUCUCUCUCCUCACACCCGUCUUGUAAAAGGCUUCUCUGUGAUCCAACUGGCGCAAAUGGGCAACGGGAUGCACUAUCCACCAGCGGGUUUGGCAUAAAGCUUUCCGACGCGUAAACAAGUAGGGAAAAGGGCAAAAAGGACGCGGCUGCUUUUCAGCUCCAUCUAAAUUCACCUCAAAUAAACGUACUCCAUCUUGGUCGACCUUUUUAACUCUCUUCUUGAGAAGUGGACGGACAAAAAAGCUUUUGGUGGAGUAAAAAACUGUGCUCCUUCUCUAGGGAUCAUUUCUAGAUUUCUUCAUUUAUUUUCACUGCAAUCUUGGUGCAUAUGGGAGCUAAGUUAAAAAAUUCUGGAGCAUUAAAGUAAAGCACGUGUUUUAAUCUAAAAUGGAAUUAUGAACAGACGUUGAGGAAACUCUGGGGUGGAAUUCAAGUCUCAUUUUGGUGCGCAAUUUGUGCGGCUGAAGAACUUGCAAUCCCUAUUACUAUUUUUCUUAUUAUUAUCUUUAAAUCUUUUGUUUUUCAAAUGGAGUAGGCUGAAUCCCUGGUACAGACUUUAAUAAUAAUCUGAAAAAAAGAGUGGGUUUAUUCUCUGACAUCGCGAAAGAAAACAGACGGAUCUUGAUGCGCACCUUCUCCGUGGGAUGGUAAAUGACCGAUGGGGAAUCAUGAACAGCUCUUCUGAACUCGAAGAUGGAACUCGGCAUAAAAACCAGACAUUCUGUGAAUGUGUACCCAGCUCCUCCCAGCUUAAACAUCGUUGGUCAGACUCAGAAACCGCCAGGGAGACUCCGGCCAAGAGGAUGAGCUGCAGCUACCUGCUCUGCACUAUCCUGCUCUUCGUGGCCGUUUUGUUGGCAGUCACCGUAACUGGCACCAUCCUUUUCAUGAACCACUACCAGGCUCCGCCCUUGUCUGAUGGCCUACCCCAUAUUUCCACCAAUCAGGAUGAAGCAAAUGCACUGGUCACUGUGGAGAGGGGUGAUGGUUCUCGCAUCAACAUCUUCAUCGACCCCAAUUGUCCUGACUAUAACAGCAACUUCAUGCGGCUGGAGGGUGUGCAGACCUCACUGCUCCACUCGCUGACCGACCACGACUCUGACCUGAAGUCGGUCAAAGGCCAGGAUCGUGCCCUGCUCGUCAGUCUGGCCGAGGAGGUUACCAAGCUGUCAGCCCAUGCAGGACAGCUAAAGAUGGACUAUGAGUCCCUGCGCCAGGGGCAGAGCAGCCUGGGUCAGGACCUGAAUACUCUACAGACAGAACAAGGACGCCUUAUCCAGCUGCUGUCAGACAGCCAGAUCAACAUGGUGAAGGUGGUGAACUCAGUCAGCGAUGCUCUUAAUGCCAUGCAGAAGGAAAAUGUGGGUCUGAAGGCUCGGGUCAAAGCAGAUCUACAAAGAGCGCCGGUCCGAGGGGCUCGGCUCAAGGGCUGCUCCAAUGGUUCUCGCCCCCGCGACUGCGGCGAUCUGUAUGCCAGUGGUCAGAGAGAGGACGGCAUCUACUCCGUGUUUCCCGUUCACCACCCUACGGGCUUCCAGGUUUACUGCGACAUGACUACGGACGGAGGAGGCUGGACGGUGAUUCAGCGCAGGGAGGAUGGCUCGGUUAACUUCUUCAGGGGAUGGGAGUCAUACAGUGAAGGAUUUGGCAAAAUCACCGGAGAACACUGGCUAGGGUUGAAGCAGAUCCAUGCCCUGUCCAUCCAGGGGAACUAUGAGCUGCGUAUCGACUUGGAGGACUUUGAAAAUAGCACAGCGUAUGCCCAUUACGGCACCUUCGGUGUGGGUCUCUUCUCAGUGGACCCUGAUGAUGAUGGAUACCCUUUGACAGUUGGAGACUAUUCUGGCAAUGCAGGUGAUUCUCUUCUGAAGCACAAUGGAAUGAAGUUCACCACCAAAGACAAGGACAACGAUCACUCUGAGAACAACUGCGCGUCGUUCUACCAUGGUGCGUGGUGGUACAGAAACUGCCACACCUCCAACCUCAACGGUCAGUACCUGCGUGGCCAGCACACCUCCUAUGCCGAUGGUAUCGAGUGGUCCUCCUGGACCGGCUGGCAGUAUUCCCUCAAGUUUUCGGAGAUGAAGAUCCGUCCCACCCGUGACCCUGACAAUAAAUAGAACUGAUAAAAGGAGGAAGAGGAGAACAGAAAACCUUUUUGGAUCAUUCAAAAGAAAUAACAAACAUGAUUUUUGACGGAUUGAAUUUCUUGUCUUCAUAUUGUUUAUUCACAUACACGUGACUCUUUAAGUUUAGUUGACUGCAGUUGGCUUCAUAGUUACAUCCUUUUUGCUCCUCUUAUAUUUGUGACUGCCAUGAUGCUUUCUUUAAGGAAAAUUCUAACCUUGAUGCCCGUAGUUUUUAUAUUUUACCUUAUAAACGAGCAAAGCAGAGCCCUGAGCCAAUAAUUUACUUUGCUAUCUUUACUCAUUCUAAUGUGGUGGUCCAACCAUCUACAGAAUCAUCAUGUUCUCUUGACUUUGAUCUCCCCAACACUUUAGGAGCAAUGAUCGGAGAGGGUUCAAUUACAUAUAUGGAGCAAGACCAACCCUUCACAAAAUACAAGCAGGAGAUGCAUAUUCUUGGGUUUCAUCUGCGAGAAGGGAGAGCUCACCGCACUUUGAUACAUUUACAUCCCUUAUCUGUGUGAAUGAGACCCAGCAGGGUAGUGGCAAUGAGCGCACUUCCUCCAGUAAUGAAAGGAAAGACAGAAAACGAGGAAGCGAGCUGACAGGAGUUAAAUUGGAUAAGGGAAAAGGGGGCGAAAGAAAGCUGGAAGAGUACAAGGAGGUGAAAAAAGAAUGAAAAACGAGCAAAGACAAAGAAAAGAGACAACGGAGGAUCUCAUUCGUCUGACUUGUGCCAUUAAGGAGCAUAUUGGGCACUUUGUCUGAUGUGCCUGCCAGCUGAGUACUGGCCAACCAAUGCAACAUCACAGAUGGAAACACAGGACUCUGGGUGUGUGUUGGCGUGUGUACGUGCGUUUGUGUACAUGUGUUUGUGGAUGAUCAUGUGUGCUCGUCUUUGACAGAAAGACUGACAAAGCUCUCUAAGAUGCUCAGUUUCCUGUCAGGAAAUCAGAAGAGGGACUUGACUGAGCACAUUGUAAAGCACAAGCAUGGCUGGCACACCUUUGCUUUAUCCAUAUACGUGCAGAAGCAAGAAAAUAAAAGGCGUGUUAGAUCCAAUCGGGUUUAUAAAGAAAUUAAAUGAUUCCACAUUCCCAACUCUUUAGACUGUCCUCUUAUUUUCAGGUGUUUAGUAUAAGAUUUUUUUUUGUCUUUAUUUUUGUGUGUAGCUCGUUUUCUGCCAUCAUGCGAACACAGAAAAAAUCACUAUUAAAAAAAAUCAUAUUUCCUUUUUUGUUUUUCUUUGAAUUAAAAUUCCACAGUUUGUGAUGGAGAAGUCAAAAUUGCCUCAAGCAAGAAAGAAAAACAAGAGAGAAAAUAAUUUAUGGAAAAAAAUGCAAAAGCAACAUAUUGGUGAAACGUGCAAUAGCAACCCUGUAUUUGUUUUUUUAAGCACUGUCAAUCCUGUCAAAGCUUUUUUUGGAUGAUGUAAGAAAAGCUUUAAGAUAUCUGUAGAUUCUACUGUACAGCGUGUAUGACUUUCAGAGCAUGUGAAACAUUUCUUACUAUGCGACAACACAAAGAGAAAGCAAGAGUGGACUUUAGAAAAUCUACCCGUCAAAGAAAGAACUUUUCCUCUUCCUCCACAUGAUCUGCAGUGGGGACUACUGAUCUGAAGGUUGAGCACAAGGAAGGAGGAUUGUGAUUAUCCCUCAAGCACAUGCUUGUUCAAAUCUUUUCUUUCUUUUUUGAAUGAACAAUACAAGGCACGUUUCAACAUUUGGGAACAUUAGCAGCCUCACAGGACACGACUGACCCUCUCCUUUUCCGGAUUCUCUGCUUUUGGACAGCAAUGUGGUACUGGAGUGCAUCUUUGAAUGUGCGCUGAGUUUUCAUGUGUAGCACAAAGCAAUGUUGCGCUGAUUACCUUCCGGACGUUGCCAACAUGCCGCACCCCAUGUUUCUGCGUCAACGUCGGGUGUGUACAGUACAUACAAGCAACCCAAUCAUGACUCGGUGGACUGCUGCCACCUUUCUUCUUCAUUGAAGCACAGACAUUCAUGUAAAAAAAAAAAAUAAAUGCUGAAAAAACAACAGGUGUUAUUAAGGCACAGCAUCUGAGGUAUGAUUUAAAGUUUGUGAAAUAAGGCAUAUGAAAAGAGGGAACUGGAUUGUGAGUGUGAAUGGAUGCUAAUAUUUUUGUGUGUGUUUCUCUGCUUGACAGAUCAUGUGUGUUUGUAUGCAUCUAUUGUGUGUCUGUGUGUACACAUGAACAGGAGCAUCUCAAUGAAUUUGAAUGUCCUUGAAGAAUAUUUUUUUAGUAAAACUAUUCCAAAAGGGAAAUUAAUAUUUUACAGAUUUAAUAGCCACAGAUUGAAGUAUACCAAUUGUUUAUGUGGGUGACUUUGAUGACAAUUGCUGAUAGUUAUUAAAAACCCACAAUUAAAUUUCUCCUUUAACUGCAAUAUUACAUAAGAACAAUGAAAACCUAACUUUUGUUAAAGAAAUAUGGCCCUACAUUUCUCUAUAAAGUAUUUUUAUCAGUCUUAUGUAAUAAUCACAGAAAUGACCAGAAAUAAAUAAUUGAAAUGUAUCACUUUGUGUGAUGAAUCUAUACAAGUAUCACUUUUUUAACUGAAUUGCUGAAACAAAGCAACUUUUCAGCAAUAUUCUAAAUUCCUGGGAUGCACCUGUAGGCACAUGCUUUGGUUUGAACCUGCCGGCGUACAUGAGCCGGACCAGACAAGAGAGCAGGGGGUAAAGUCUAUCCCAAUGUGGAGUAAUGUGAUGGUUACAUCCAACUAGCCUCCCUCUGCUGUUUGUGUUGAUAACGGGGAGAUUUACAUUAUUAUAUUGACCUAUUAGUUAUUGUGAUUGUGAAUACCACUUACUGGUUGCUGUGUUGAACUGCGCCUGUACCCUUGAACCCCUUCACCGUGAACCCACUCCCCAACACGUUGUGCACACUGUAUAUGUUACUGCUAUGUUUCCCCGUGUUAUUUACAUGUGCAGACACGUAUUAUUUUCUGCAUCCUGAUCUGUUUUUGUUGCGUGAAUGCCUUUAUAGUCACCAUUUCUCUACAGUGCUGCAGCUUGCUAAGUCUCCAAUGAAAGAGGAGAUGAAAGAGUGAAAUCGGAAUCUCCAAUCAAUCCGAGUUAUCCUGCUCAUUACAGAGCAUCAAUGCUCUCCCCCAGGUACCCAAACCUUCUACAUUUCUUAGUGUCUACCUUCUUAAUUGCCUUAGCCUGUGCUGCCAGCCCCACCCUCCUGCCCCAACUCCUAAAUUCUCUUCUUUUUCCCAUCCCGCCCUCUAAAAUGCUGUGUUUUUCUCCUGCUCCUGCCUCCGUUAUCCGGUCCUCUUCCCUUCAUCCUCCAUUUCCUUCAAUCCCAGUGCAAAACUAACUAUGUUUUCUCCUUCUGUUAUUUUUUGGUGAAGUAAUAUAGAUUGUUUUUGCUGAAUCUUGAUACUGUGUUUUAAUGUUCUUGUCACCAUUUAAUAAACAUUCACAUUUUAUAAAUGGGGAA